GAGGCGAGGCUGCCGCCGGCCGCCCGGAGCCGCUGUCCACUGCUGAAGCGCCGGCCGAGGGCGCCGCGCUGCCCGCCUGGAUGCGCCUCUACUUCUACGGGAUGCACGGGAUCACCCUGGACGUGCUCGUGUCCUCGGCGCGGCGCUUCGCUCGCAGCCCGGACCUCCGGAUGCUGGGCUUCUCCUCGCCCUACCGCUGCCUCCUGCACUCGCUCACCCACUUCGCCCUGGAGAAGGUCUACCUGCAGCAGCGGCGCUGCCCCAGCGCCUUCGUCUUCAAUUUCCUCCUGUACCCCUCGGCCCACCUGGGGCUGCAGACCCUGGCGGGACAGGCGCUGCUGCUCAGCCUGGGCGGCGGGCCGGGGGGCGCGGCGGCGCCGGGGGCGCUGGACCUGGCGCUGCAGUACGUGCUGGCUCUCUACCACUGCCAAGUGUUCCUGAAGCGCUUCCUGCGCUUGCGGUACCAGCGGCCACAGCAGCAGCAGCAGCAGCGGCGGGGCGUGCCUCCCGCCCCCCUGGGCGCCCGGACCCCUGCGGCGGCCGGUGGCCGGCGGCGACGACCCCGCGGCCCCAGAGGCGCCAGAGGAGCCCCCAGCCAGGGGCUACCGGACCUGCUCCGCUUUCUUUUCUUCGGAAUGCACGGCUUUUUGGAUGAGAUCUUCUUCACCUUCUUCUUUAACGUGCUGGGGCGAGGGGACGGAGCAACCAGCGGCCACACGUCGCUCUGGUCCUUUUUUAUGUACGGCAGCUGCAGUUUCGUGGUGGAAAAGCUCUACUUCCACCUCCACUACAGUCGCGGCUGGGGCACGUGGCAGCGGGUGCCGAUUUACGUGAUCUUCAUCUACGCGUGGGAGUUGUCCUGGGGUCUGGGACUCCGCACCUGCGGCGCUUGUUCCUGGGACUAUUCCCACUACCCGCUCAAUUUCAUGGGCCUCAUCACCCUGAUGUAUUUACCUGGUUGGAUAUUCCUUAGCGUGUACCAGGACCUGCUUUCCAACGUGCUGUGGCGGGUGCAGUACGUACCAACUAAGACCAAAAAAAAAAAAGUCACUGAUUCCCACGAAUGAAUGCGAUUUAUUUUUACACGUUUAAAACGGAAUGGGUUUUUUUAGCCUUUUAAUUUUUAUACGUUUUACUAAACUCUUCCAACAUGUUUUAUUCAACAUUUUAGUUUUUCUGACUAUUUGGAACCUAUGCAUAAUAUAAUACUUUGAAAUAUUACUCGAAACAUAACUCAAAGUACUUAACUGGUCAAUAUUUUAAAACCUUUAUGAACCCAAACAGCAAAACCAUUAUACCUUAACAUUGGAAAGCUGUAGUAUUCACUUAUUUGGGCAUUGGUGGGUGAUAGCUACUAUUUUAUUUUAUUUUAUUUUAUUUUAUUUUUUUAGUGAACAAGUUCUUCCAAUCAGAAACUAAUGAGUUUUAAAAGAUUUGGGGAAAUUUUCUGAUUUAAUGAUUUGUUUAUUUUCUUUUUAAUCCAAUUUCAUUUUAAUUCCUUGCCGUCUUUACCAACGACUGCUGAAACUCGGUCUUGUACUCCUGAAACUACAGUUAAUAACUCUUAAAGUGCCUCCGUCUAGCACACAUGUGAAAAGAAAUUGACAAAUGUGAAAAUACAUCCUAUAAAUCGAUUUUUAAAUAAGAAAUCUUUUCUGGCACCUCAGACAAGUGACACUGUGUUGAUAUUUGAUCUCCAUCCUGGAAAUGAUUACUUUCCAAUGUGGGUUAGCCUUAAACCCCCAAUGUGUUAACGUUGAUCAGAUCCUGUGUUUUCUAUGGCUGUAAAUUUUUGUUAAUGUGCAAUAAUGUAAAACGUUUACCUUACAUGUCCAAGGGCCAAGCAAAAUUAUACCACCCUCAAUAGUGUUCUAACCAUAAGGACUUUUUUCUACAAGGAGCUUCAAGAGUAGGAACAGUUCCUUGGAAUAAAAUGAACCUGAAUGUUC